GUGUGAGGAGAACUUUGCCUGGUCUUAUAACAACUGCCUUACCUAUGGAGCAUGUGAUGCUAUCACUGGUGACACAUGCGGCUGCAUUGAUUACCUUCCAGCUGAUGGUCAGUUCUGUCAGUUCAACGGCAGCCAAAUAGUGGAACGUGCUGUGCUGAAUAACUUGUUCAUACCAGUGGCCAGUGUCCCACCUAAUUUAUUGGACUCAAUCAUAGCAGUUCUGAAAAAUGAAAGCUUCCCUGUAACCAUAUUAUCUUUAGAAGUAAGAGAAAUGAAUCUAAGCACAGUCUGUGAUCCAAGCUCAGCUCACGGCCUGCGAUGUAAAUGUGAGGAUGAUUUUUCUUGGCCAUGUGAGAUGUGCACGAGCAACACUACAUGCAGUAGUGACAGCAGUUCAAGCUGUAACUGCAUAUAUAAAUCUUCAUUUUCUGAGCAGUACUGUCAGCCAAUCACAGAGAUCCAUCAGUGCCCUGUGAGGUCAACCACAACACCGACACUCUCAAUGCAAAACGUGACAACAGUAGCCACAACUGAACCCGUCACUGUAACUGAAAGCUUCACUAUAAACAUGCAGUUCAAAGAAUCUUACAAUGACCCUGACAGCGAUCUUUACAAAAAUGUUUCUGCCGCUGCUGAAAUAAAUUGUAAGGCUUUCGUGUCAACAGAUUGCAAGGUCCAGAAUCUGAAGUUUCGGUCUGGAAGCACCGUCGCUGACUUUUCUCUCAGCAGUUCUUCUCAGGAUGUGUCGAAAGUUCAAUUAGCAAAAGAUGAAAUGUUAAAUCAACUGGUAGAAAAUUAUCCUGUGGAGAUUGUCAGUCCUCAGAAAUUAGAUAUUCCAGAUCUAGUUUCUUCAGAGGAAAUAAUUGCUGGGGACUCUGUAACUCUGACAUGUGGACCUCGUCCGACUAAUCUCGGUUUAAACCUGAGGGUGGUGUGGACAUUUGCUGGGACAGUCCUCCAAACAACCGAAGGCAGUGAUGAGAGAACUUCAAAAUACACAAUCCCACAGUUUUUUCAAAUCCACGAUGGGAAAUAUGUAUGUACGAUGAGCCGUGAGGACGGUGCCAUUUUCACACAGAGCAGAGAUUUAAAGUCCAAACCAGCACCCAUGAUCAGUGUGAACCCAAUCAGCGCAGUACUGAGAUGUCCUGGUUCACAGACACUACAGUGCUCUGUUAAAGGAGACUACAAGGUUGAAUUUAAGGACCUGGACCGUCCAAUUGAUUGUAAAGGUGAUGAAGUAUUCGGUGACGGAUUUCAAAAUUUUGUUGCUGUUGCACCUUGCGAAGAGGGUAUGGUGGGAAACAAAACAGCCGUUUGUAAGGCUGAUGGCAUGUAUGGAGAUUUCCAAGACAACUGUGUCCUAGAAGUUAUACAGAACCUGCUUGAUCAGUCAGAGACACUGGAUAAGGCUACCAUGCCAGGAUUCUUGGAAAACCUCAAGGAUGCAACUAUCAACAACACAGAGACCAUAACUGAUUCUCCUGCUACCAUUAAUGCAAUGGUUGACAUCUUAGAAAAUGUUGCUAAUAGGAGUGGUUCUUAUAGUAUCACAAUAUAUGAAGAAUCCACAAAGAACAUCAUGAAAAGUGCAGGAGUUCUCACCAUUGACACUGCAAAGAAAUCAUGGGAUACCCUGAACAAUGAAACCAGUAAUAAAGAGUUGGAAUCAUGGCGAGUCCAAAAAACAGAGGGAUCCACAUUACAUUUGCACUGUUCAAUUCCCUGCAGGGCUUGUUCAUUCUGGUCUUUGGAACUCUACUGGACAGAAUGGUGUGGACAGAAAUCCGGCAGUCUCAUUCAUCUACCUCCCAAAUCCAAACAGGAACCUCGGGUGCUAGAAACAUAUCCAGUGGAGUGGGGGACUUUUUCAGGAGAUUCCGAAGAGAAAGACGUUCCAGAAGUGGCUACCAGUUGUCUUCUAAUGGAGCCACGAACUUAUCUUUCAACACUUAAUACAAUGCAAGAAAAGCAUUGCCUGAAGACGCCCAAUAAGUAGUCAGCCCUUUUUUUUUGUAAAUAUGUAAUUAUACAGUUUGAUAUGCUUUUUCAAAAGAGUUGAAACUAAUAAGCUGAAGUAAGCACCUUUUCAAAGUGGCUCUAUGUAUGAAGUAAUCUGUUUUCAUAUUACAUUUAUGGUACAAAUAUUUUUAAAUAUAUAGCUGUUUUUAAACAUUUACAGUAAAUUGAAAUACAUAUGACUUUGGACUUGAAAUAUUGAAGAAUUUAGCAUGAUAAAACCAUGAGGUCUGAAGCUCUAUAAGUAAAUCAAAUAAUUCCUGUGGGAAAAUAUUUAAACUCAAGAUAAGUGAACUAAGCAGAUCUAGAGUCUUACUGAAGGUUGUAAGCUUUAAGAUCUCAAUGUUAUGAAAAUUAUGCUUUAACCUUUCUAAGAAAGCCCAUCUGGGAUAACCACAGUUUUUCAGGGCUGUUCUGACAUGUCAAUGUUUUCUCAAUUGUUUCUGGGUCGAGACCGACAACGUGGUUUAAGCUGUUCAGUGUAGUGAAAAGUGCUCAGAGUGCUUAGAGAGACCAAGCAACCACUACACAGGAGGGCCAACUCCUCAAGACCAGACUCACCUACACAUGAAGGCUAAAGGACACUUGUUUGAGGACAACAAUGUUUAUAUCCUGGCCAAGAAAGACAAAUGGUUUAAGAGAGGUUAAGGAAGCCAUCCUUGUUAACCUGGAAAAUCCUGCACUUAACAGAGUAGGUGGUCACAGAGAUAACCUGGCCAGCCCUAGCCCACAUUUACAAAGCACUUUUAUGGACAAUACCUGGAAGAAUCACCUUUCACCUGUUCUCAACUGACUCACACUUCAAAGAGGCCUGUCACCGAGCCACUAUGACAAGGGAGUUAAUGACCCAUCACAUACCCAUAAUGACCAUUGACAUUCCCAACAUAUACUCCAUUGCCCUUCCAGUAAGAGGGAUCAGAACCAACUUUCAAUGUUUGUGUUUACAGCCUUUAUACCUUUAGCAAACAUCCAUGAUGGAGGCAUUAAGGCAAAAGAACAAUGUAUAAUUAGCUUUUAAUGUCUCAAUGUUAAAAACACAGUUAAAUACCUGAAACUGAAAUUUGCACCUGUGUUCAUCUUUAUUCCUAAAUGUGAAGAAGGGGUAAAAACAUAUAAAAAUGUGUACUGCCUGUUAACGUGUAGUUGAUGUGUCCUUAACAUGCUCUCAGCA